AUGUCCACACCCAGCAGUACAACUAUGUCCAAUAUCUACUCUGAACCCAUUGGGAUUCUAGGAGCUGGCGUUGCUGGAAUCAUUAACACGUACGUCUUCCUCCAGGACGGGUUCACGAAUGUCACCGUAAUUACGAGAGAUCGCUCGGUUGGUGGAAUCUGGUCGAGAGACAGGGUAUAUCCAGGACUGCGUAUCAAUAACGUUCAUGGUGAAUAUCGCUUCUCGCCCCUUGAUAUGCCACCCCCAGAUGACUCCGUAGAGACCGGAGGGCAUAUCACGGGAAUGGGGAUGUGCGACUACAUCGAAACUUUCUACGAGAAAUUCCUCCAAGGCAAGGCCAAGUUCAUCUUUGAGACGGAGGUCCUGAACGUGAGGCGCGACGAAACGAAGGGAUGGGAAGUCAAGGUCGAAGGAGUUUGCUCGAAGGAGCCACGGGUCCUUACAUUCUCCCGUAUUAUUCUUGCCACUGGGGGCUGCAGCAAUCCGAACAUUCCUGCGAAUCUCUCCACUGAAGCCGCGCAGAAUGCUCAAUUCAAAGGCCUCGUCAUUCAUUCGUCGCAGUUCCGGUCGCGGCUCGAUGACAUCUUUGAGCUCGUCAAGCAGAAAAUGUCGGACGAUGACAAGACCAAAGGGACCGUGGUCGUCGUAGGAGGCGGUAAAUCGGCCAUGGACAUUUGUGCGAAGCUAGCCAAUGAAGGUAGAAGGGUAGUCAACGUGUUCGAAACGGCAGACGUUUUUCUUGCCGCUAAGAGCGCACUUCCCGAUUUUAUUCGGAAGGGGCGGCUUCUCUCCUUGCUUUCCCCUCAUAUCGUUUUGAGAACGCGUCUGGAACGCUUUUUCCACACGACGACACUGGGUAGUUGGAUCACCAAAACCUUCUGGAAGUUCCUCGAAGCGUCGUCUUUCGACGCUUUCUCUCUUCCGAAAGACUCUCCUCUCCGCAACACCCCUUCCAUUUUCUGGGGAAUUCGUACGAAUGACGAAGGACGUGUCAACUCGAAGAACUACUACUGCCUCGUCAAUGGAGGACAAAUCGAGCUCGCUGCGCCGGCCCGUGCACUCAGAUACUCGGACGACGGAAAGUCGCUCAGGCUCAGUAACGGACAAGAGGUCGCUGCAGACGUCGUCAUUCUUGCCACGGGAUGGAAGAGCUCGUGGACACAGAUUUUCGACGGCACCCUCCCACUUCUGAUCUGGAUAUCGUCAUCAACAAUUGGAACUACAAGACGCUCGAGGACGCUCCUCCCACCCACGCCGAGAACCAGACGCGACUUCGCGAUCGCCGGCGCUAUUUUCACUUCGAACAACGGCUAUACGAGCGAAGUCGCCGCCCACUGGAUCUCGUCGUACUUCCAGGGCGACCCGAUGCGUCUUCCUUCCUCACCUGAAGAGGCUGUUGCGGAGGUCGAACUCAGGUCUGCCUGGAUGCGGAAGCGCUAUCCUGACAUGUGUUCCUGGGUGAACGAGAGCUAUAGUUGCACGCUCGACUUUUGGACUUGGCCUCAGGCCGCAGAUGAGUUGCUUGAAGACAUGUUCCUUCCGAGUAUGCGAAGCGGGGGUAAUUUAUUUACCUGGCCAUUCCAAGUAAUUGAUUUGAAGGAGAUCGCAACACUUGGGGAGGAGAGGCGGGUGCUGAGAGAGAAAGCAACUGCUUCGUAA